GCAGUCCUCGCGCGGCCGGCGACACGAUCGCAGCCGCAGCCGCAGCCGCAGCAUCACGGCUCCUCCCUGACUCCUCGACGCCAUCCAAUCCAUCUCCUCCGCCGCGCGAAUCCUUCCAAAACUCAUCAUUACAUUGCACGCAACGCCAACGCCCCACGCCCCCCCCCCCCCCGCGCGAGAGAGAGAGAGAGAAGCAAGGGGAGAACUAAUGGCGCCGCCGCCGCCGCCGCUGCCGGCGGCUGAGGAGGAGGGCUGCGUGGCGAGGUGGAUGCGGCGGGAGAUGCUCCUGGGGCUCGCGCUGGGGCAGUUCGUGUCGCUGCUCAUCACCUCCACCGGCUUCUCCUCCUCCGAGCUCGCCCGCCGAGGUAUAAAUGCACCAACAUCUCAGUCCCUGUUGAACUACAUCCUUCUUGCCCUAGUCUAUGGUGGUAUACUCAUCUACCGGAGGCAGCCACUCACGAUAAAAUGGUACUACUAUCUGAUCCUUGGGAUUAUUGACGUGGAAGCGAAUUAUAUAGUCGUCAAGUCUUAUCAGUACACAUCUUUGACAAGCGUGAUGCUCUUGGAUUGCUGGUCAAUUCCUUGUGUGAUUGUUCUUACAUGGAUAUUUUUGAAGACCAAGUAUGGACUCAGGAAGUUCAUCGGCGUUGGAGUUUGCGUGGCCGGACUUAUAUUAGUAGUAUUUUCAGAUGUCCAUGCCUCUGAUCGAGCUAAAGGACCCAACCCUUUGAAGGGAGAUUUGCUUGUGAUCUUUGGUUCCAUGCUUUAUGCUUGCAGCAAUGUUACAGAGGAGUAUCUGGUCAAGAAAAGCAACAGAGUUGAGUUGAUGGCAAUGCUGGGACUUUUUGGAGCUGUUAUCAGUGGAAUACAAAUAAGUAUACUUGAGAGAAAGGAACUUCAUUCAAUUAAUUGGAAUGCUGGUGCAGUGCUUCCUUUUCUUGGAUUCGCAUUAGCAAUGUUCUUGUUCUACUCAACUGUACCCACAGUACUGAAGAUAUGUGGGGCAACAAUGCUGAACCUCUCGCUGCUGACUUCAGACAUGUGGGCUGUUCUGAUCCGCAUAUUUGCUUACCACGAGAAGGUCGACUGGAUCUACUUCGUCGCCUUCGCCGGCACAGCGGUUGGCCUCCUCAUCUACUCAUACAAGAGCUCCAAGGAGGCCGAGGAGACGGCGCAGGUCGCCGGAGCCAGCGACGAGCAGGGCAAAGCGGGUGAUGAAGAGGCCGGAGUGCAGAGCUCGGCGUGAAGCUCCUGCGCCUGCAUCGGCGGCGGCCGGAUCUGCAAGAAUGCUACAGGGAAAUAUGUAAUUGUCGAUGAAUUAACAACAGGCCAUGUCCAGAUUUGUCACUGGAAAUUGGUUUUUUCUCGGACGGAGAGAGCAGAGUGGAGACUGGAGAGAGGGAGGAGAGGCAGCCAUUUGAUUGAGAAGAUGUACACCGAUGAUUAGUGGCCAAGCCAAUUUCUUUGUUUUUGUC